CCCAUCCAUGCAUGAUGCAUCCUGAUUCCCAGCUGUCAGACGCAGCCAUGUGCGCCAGGAAAGGGCCAGACGAUCACCGCCACUACCACUAGCCUGCCCUCUCAGAAAGCGAAACGAAACGACUCUCCCCUCCGCCCUCUUUGCCCGCCAGUGCCCCAUAUCCUGCGUCACGAAUACGUUGGUUGCAUGCGCCCAUCGCGUCUUUUGUUCCAGCCCCCUACAAAAUGGACAGAAUGGACGACAUAGCUACCCUGGGUGAUACAAUGAUCUUCCGCCAGGCGUUUAUUGUCUUUGCGCAGGGCGUUCAGGCCUCCGUUCGACGGCGGCUCCAACUUGCGAGAUCGGAAGCCCAUCCCGGCGGCGCCAAUGCAGAAGCAGAAGCAGAUUCUUUGGUCGACGAACAGCGCCAGAGUAGCGAGAAGCAGGACAGGUGCAGGCCUUCUUCUUCCGACUCGGAGUUUGAUUAUUGGCGGUCAAUGCCUAAUACGCCUCCGUCUGGCGUUGGGGCUGGGACUGGGGCUGGGACUGGGACUGUCUUCCCGCGCUCUAGCACCGCAAGCAGCAGCCCGAGCACGGCGAGACACUCGUACAGCUCGUCGAUGACGGGAAGAUCGCAUGAGGAGACUGAUGCUUCGAGCUUCGAGGAUGGUAGAUCUGUCGAUAUGUUCGGGCCGAAAAUGUCCAGGUACGAGGUGGGUUCGGGGCUGCGGUGGAACCGAAUAGUGCCUGCAACGAAUCUCUUCCAGAGCGCAUGCCGCGAAGCCGAACAGCCCCAAUCCGAUGGCGCCCUGGCCCGUUCGUUGUGCAUCAAUGCCAUAAGCUAUUGCCUCGGUGGCCUCCCAGACAACCUGACGCAUGAGGAAAUCACAGAAAUCCGACGCAGUAUCCCCUCCAGUAUCAUACCACCUUUGUCCGAUCGAAACCCGCCCGUGGCCGCACUCGCCGGCCUGCUUCCAGGGGCGGGAUAUCAACCUGAGCGUGAGCGAACUCUUGUCCAUCGGGCCGUAGCGUACAUCAUUGUCGCAUUUUUCGUCGGCCUGCAGAUGCUCCUGCCCUUUCUCAAAAGGCUUGCUGCUUAUCUAUACGAACUUGAACAAUCAUACCGGCCCAUGCAGAGCGUCAUGGCGGGAACAAUGGGCAUUGUUGGUAAUUUUGGCAGGGGCGGUCAGAAUCUGGGCUAUGCAGCAUUAAAUAUGCGCGCGGGGAAAUUCGGCGACUCUGUGCCGUAUUGGAUCACGUAUUUCGUGGAAGGCACUGCCGGUGGAUUCUGCGAGGGCGUCGGCGAGGGCAUGGUCAGGAUGGGAGUCUCGUUGCCGUAUGAUAAGCUGGAGAGCGCCCACAUGCGGUAUUCGGGGCGGUGAGAUGUGCUACGACGACGCAUCUGACGGAACAAUUUGCUACAUAGAUAUGAUGGUCACGCGACAUGAGAUUGAAACUGAAAUAGAAAUUGAAAUUGAAGACUCCCCGGCCGGAGAUAGCGGAC